GGUUCAACCCGCCAGCGGCGAAACGUGCGGCGAUACCAUUGGACAGUAGGGGGCGGUACUUCCAUUCAUGAUAAGUUGCUUGAAACACAUUGACAUCAACCGUGCAUGGCCUGCGCGGUCCCCCAAUAAGGUAAGAAUGGCCGGCACUCGUCGAUAUCCGACGUGCAAAGUGUUCCACGACAAGCCUGCGUUAGCGCUCCUUGAUGGCGCCGAGGCCGCGCGACGGGAGUGCAGCGUCGUGCACGAUGAACAGACGUUGACCUCGGCGGAGUUCGCCCCCCGAGGACACCUAUUGAGCAUAGAGCGGAACGCUUAAGUACAGGCUGCGUCCUACUCGGUGCUCCUCAGCACAUCUCCUUCUCAGCUAACAACACAGAGACCAAGCACGACAAUGACUGCUGACAUUGACGAGGUAUCUGACAGAACAUUUGACUACGUGAUAUGUGGGGGCGGCACUGCUGGCCUGACAUUGGCAGCCAGGCUUUCUGAAGACUCGGAUGUUUCGGUUCUUGUUCUAGAAGCAGGAGGAACCAACCUGGAUGAGGCGGGCAUUCUGCGUCCGGGGUCCUGGGGCAGUCACUUUGCCAACGCAGACUGGACAUGGCCGUACAAAACAGUCAAGCAGAAGGCGGUCGACGAUACGGAGUACCUCUGGUUCAGAGGCAAAGGUCUUGGCGGCAGCUCGCAGAUCAACUUCAUGGUGUGGGCCAAACCCCCCAAAGAGGAAAUUGACGACUUCGAGAGGCUCGGGAAUCCCGGCUGGAAUUGGAAGAAUUACCAACACUACGUCUCGAGGACUGAAGGCUUCGUCGCCCCCAGCGACGGAAAGCUCGAUGACAUCCUUAAGGUUGACUUCUCCUCGUGGGAGGUCGGGAGGGAAGGUCCCAUGGAGAUCUCAUUUCCUGGCUUGGUCGAUGAGGUCGAGCGUUGUAUGGUUCAGACUUUACGCAACGCUGGGAUACCUUCCGCCUCUCAACCGCUGAGCGGGGAUCCCAACGGCAUAUGCCUUGUCCCUAACACCUACGAUCCGGUGAAAAAUACGCGGUCGUAUGCGACUACAGCGUUUUACACCCCGGUAGCGGAUCGGCCGAACCUGACCGUACUCGUACAUGCUACGGCUCAUCGGCUCAACACACGAGAAGCUGCCAACGGCAAGUUGAGUGCUGCCAGCGUCGAAUUUGAGUACAAGGAUAGGUUGUAUUCCGUGGAUGCCGCGAAGGACGUUUGCUUGACAGCGGGGGCCCUGAAGACUCCCCAUAUUCUCGAGCUCUCUGGGAUAGGGAGAAAAGACAUUCUCGACAAGAUAUCAGUAUCUCUGAAGGUCGAGCUACCCGGAGUGGGAGAGAAUGUUCAGGAACAUCUGAAUCUGGGUGUAAGCUGGGAACUCAAGGACACUGUUGACUUUGAGACCGCCGAUCUGCUCCGGGACCCCACGCACGCAGCAAAGCAUCUGGAACUGCAUUCCAAAGGUCUAGGUUUGUUUACCAAGGCCGUCAUCGGAUUCGCUUUCAACCCACUGAAGCGGAUAUCAUCGCUCUCCGAUGUCAUCUACGAGAAAGCCAAAGCAAAGAUCAUGGCCAACGCGCAUAGGUUCCCUCCUGGUUUGAUGGAACAGUACACGAUCCAACUCGAGCGUAUCAAAAACGGAGCGCCUGAAUGCGAGGUCAUAUGUUUCCCUGGUCAUUUCUCUUCUCCGGCACCACCGGAGGCGGGCAAGCAGUACCUGUCGAUAGUCCCGGCUAUGAACCAUUGCUUCUCGAGGGGUACCAUUCAUUCAAUAUCAUCUGAUCCUCGCGUAGAGCCCGAGUUUGAUCCGCGAUACUUUGAGCAAGAAGUUGACUUGGAUAUUCUUGUUGAGUCUGUGAAGUGGGUCAGGACGUUAGCAGAUGUCGCGCCGCUUAAGAACCUCAUCGUAUGCGAACACAAUCCAGGUUCUAAAAUCGCGAAUGAAGAAGAGAUUCGCGAGUGGGCGAGGAAAUACGCGCUCACCACUUGGCAUACUGCAGGCUCUUGUUCUAUGCUCCCGAGAGAGCACAGCGGUGUUGUCGAUCCUGAGCUGAGGGUGUACGGCACGAACAACGUACGCGUCGUUGACCUUUCAGUUGUGCCCCUGCACUUCGCCGCGCACACGACAUCAGGAAACCGUGCAAUUUCUGACAGCAUUUGUGUCUGAGAGCUGGCCCUCAGAAGUCUUCAGAGCAUCAGGACACUCCAGACAUCACAAACUUUGUCAGAUCAUUUCAUUUCGUCUCAGAUGCUCAGAUCACAUCAGACAAUGUCAGAUAGCACAGUACAAUGAACCAAUGUAUUGAGAGACUAGUAGACUAUUACAAUCGUUGUUACAAAGGUCUACAUAGUAGGUGUC